GUGCUAGCUCGGUUGACAUCUUGGCUUGUAAUCAAUGAAGAUGAACGAAGCGUACUCCUCAUGUUCGCUGCUGUAUUCUUCCUCUUUUCUGUGAUAUUCGCCACUCAAGCUGACAACUUCUUUGAUAUACAAUUACUCAGUGCCUAUGACCACUUCUGUGACAAUAUUGCAACGCUGAUGACAGAGACUGGUGUCACUGAAGGCUAUACGCGACAUAGAGAUCCUAUACUUCUAUAUGUUUCAAUGUCUGUUCUCUUCUCAUUUAUUGCCGCAAUGUUAGUUUUCCCGAACUUUCGCUUUGCCAAUAUGUACACGAAUGCUCAACAAUGUGUUUCCCCACCGACAAAGUUCGGGCUGCAUAUUACAUUUCUGUUACCUCUGCUCACCUUGCUGUCGUUUUCGAGCCCCGUUAAGAAGCAGCUUGUUUUUGGACCAAGGAAGCUACUUACUGAAGGACAACUAGACAUUCUGCGAAUAUAUCUAGCCAUUUUCUCACUCAUACUUCGUAUAGCGUUCAAAGUGCCGCAUCUUCAGGCUCAUCUGAACCUGUCUUCUGCAAAAUUGAAAGCCUUACAACGUGAAACUGGUUAUAUCAGAAAUAUCGCUUUACAAGCUACGACAACAGGUGAGCGUAACUUGUUUCUGCACCUUCCGCAAAGUUUCUUUAACAAUGUACUUUGGGUGAUCUCUCAUGGUUGGGAACUCGAACAAGCAAUGUUGCCUACUCUACUACAACGGGAUCUCUACGCUCAAUCUUUGACGCAACAGUAUGUCGUGCGAUCUGGUCAUUCUCUCUAG